CACAAUUUCUACAUGGCGCCACACCCCAGAAGACGGCUUUCUUCAAUUCUGUACUUAUUUCGGGUAGGGUGGGUACAGAUGGCAGAAGUAAUUCGCUCGAGACGUCAUGGUAACAGUCUUGACGAUCUUGACCGGCAAUAACAUGGAGUUUAGAAGGGGUUGUUUAUGAGCUUUAUGAGUGGUCCCAAAGGUUAUGUGUUUUGCUCAUACGUGAUAAACAAGUUUAAAGGUUACGAAAGAUUUUGCAUUCUCUUGCAACAAAAGUGCCAAGAAUUGUGCUGCAGAGAACUGAAAAAAAUAUUUCCUGCUGUGAAAGAAAGCAUGCUAUAUUGUGCUUGUGUGCACAGACAAGAACGACAAGAAUUCUACAAGUUGCGUCAGAGAGAAUGGAUGGAUUUCAAGCGACCCCGCCGCGACGGGUGGGGAUUACCGGGGUGACCGUUGGGUCGGUGGGAGAAUACUAGUUCAGUUGGUAACAUGGAGUGGUCGGGUGAGCAGCGUGCUUUCUUCGUAGAGACGUUUUUAAGAAAUAGAGAGUCUGUAAUCGCCGCUCAACGAACCUUCCGUACCCAUUUCGAGCUCGGACGUCACGCUAGGAUACCUACUCGGAACACAAUUUUGCGGUGGGUGGCUUCAUUUCGUGCCACAGGUUCAACCUUAAAGAAAUCACCUGGACGGCAAGGGAAUGCUCGUACGCCUGCAAAUGUGGAGGCAGUAAGGCAAUCAGUUGUGCAGUCACUUCGGCGAUCAGCUCGCAAACAUGCUGCUCUGAGAUUAUCCAACGCAACGAGCUAUUCCAAUUCGGAGAACAUUUUAGUGGUUCCAUAUGGUGAGCAUGCCAUGAAUGUUAAAGCUGAGGAAGUCUCAGAUGUGACAGAGGAAGAGGAUCCUCUGCGAAUAACAGUUCAAGAAAUAAAGGCUGAACCUGAGAGUAAUUUGAAUGAACUUCAACCUGUGCAUGGUGAGGAGCGGCAAUAUUCCUGCAAUGAGUGUGGAGACUCAUUCAGUCAACAGUUUAAUCUGAGGACACAUCAGCGCAUACAUAGUGGAGAGUGGUCAUUUUGCUGUGAUGUGUGUAAUAAGUCAUUCAAUCGUCAGGGUCAUCUGAAGACUCAUCAGCGCAUACAUAAUGGAGAACGACCAUUUAGCUGUGAUGUGUGUAAUAAGUCAUUCAGUCAGCGGAGCGAUAUGAAGAAACAUAGGCGCAUACAUAGUGGGGAGCGACCAUUUUGCUGCAACAUGUGUAAUAAGUCAUUCAGUCAGCAGGGUCAUCUGAAGAUACAUAGGCACAUACAUACUGGGGAACGGCCAUUUAACUGUAAUGUUUGUAAUAAAUCAUUCAGUCUUAAGAGUUGUCUGAAGACACAUCAACGCAUACACAGUGGAGAGCGGCAGUUCUGCUGUGGUGUAUGUAAUAAGUCAUUCAGUCGUCAGGGUCAUCUGAAGACACAUCAGCGCAUACAUAGUGGGGAACGGCCAUUUAGCUGUGAUGUAUGUAAUAAGUCAUUCAGUGAGCAGGGUAAUCUGACAAAACAUAGGCGCGUACAUACUGGGGAACGGCCAUUUAACUGUAAUGUUUGUAAUAAGUCAUUCAGUCGCAAGGGUUGUCUGUUGACUCAUCAGCACAUACACGUUGAUGUGUGUAGUAAAUCAUAGAGCUGUAGAGCUGGGUUUAGACUAGAAGACCAAUAUGUGACUUGUACCAUGUCACAAUGUUGCUUGCUGGAAGUUCCACAUAUUUAGUCUUUUGUGUCUGCAUGUUUGCAGAAUGCUGCAAGGUACUGUAGUUGUUUGCAGUUGCUUACUUUCCAGCUGGCAUGGGAAAUGAACUGAGUCACAUGUUACAAAAUGUCACUGCAUAUCAGUAUUCAUAUAAUUCUGAUUGCUAAAUGUGCACAAGACCCUGUCUGGUUGAGAGUAAACAUAUGUGACAUGACAUUCUUCUAUAGGUAUGAAGUUUCCUUCAGCUGUGGAAAUUAGUGACUAGUAGAGCAUGGUUAUUGAAACUGAUUGGCAGUUUGUAAACAUAAUUCUGCAGCACGAUUUGACUUUUUCUGUAUGUUAUCUAGGUUCUGAUUAAAUUUGUUGAUCAGUUAGUUACAGAUAUAACAUCAGAAAUGAAUAUAUUGAGAUAACUUUUAUGGAGGAUUGGUCAAAUUAACAUAAACUAUGCUUUACUGAUCAUUACAGACAGAAAAGGUCAUUUUGUGGGUACUUGGUAUGUUGAUUACAAGUAGAAAUUUAAAUAAAGAUGUGUUGAUACUGCUUUUGGAGAAAUAUAACUGUACAGUGGAUUUAAUUGAAAGGAUCAUGAAAGACUUGUAUACCUCUGUUUACUAUAUCACUCAAAUACUCUGAGUUAAGGCACUUUAUCCUGGCAGUUGUCACACUGCAAAAUGCAAAUGAUGCUAACACUGCACUGAACCUUUUAUUCACAUGUUUUCCUGAUUUCUCAAUAUAAGUUAAUACUCUCUAAGAACUCUAACAGAAGACAGGAUGUGGCAUUUUAUGGCCCAGUGGAAGUUCACUGACAUUUUGAAGGAAUCUAGUGCUUUCUUCUUUGGAGUCAAAGAGCAAACCAAGCCAGAAGCCAGCAAACCACAGAGCCUAUGGUCUUAAUUCCAUAUGCGUAUGUGAGGAAGUCAUAAAAUUUUAAUAAUCACUCAGAAGAAACAGUAACACAGGUGCAAGAAAUUGUAUGUGAGUUAGUCCUCUACAUAUGCCCCCUGCAAGGCCACACAUUUUCCCCGAUGGAUUAGCUGCUGGAUACCUUGAUCAUAGAAGGUCUCAUUUUUGACUGUUUAGGAAGUUCUUCACUACAGAAAUGACAUCUUGAAAUCACCACAAAGUGGCUUCUUUAGCCAUGGAAACAGGAAGAAGUCACUCGGUGCCAGGUCUGGUGAAUAUGGUGAAUGGGGAGAAUUUCAUAUCCCAAACUGGCAGGAAGUGUUGUAGCUUGAACAGCAUGAGCUGGUGCACUGUCAUGAAGAUGUUGCACAUCUUUUCCCAGCAUUUCGUGUCACGUUUUCAUGAUUUUCUCCCAUAAUUUUCUCAGAAGUUUCUGGUAGUACUUGCCAGUGAUGGUGACAUCCUUUGCGCGUAAUCGGUCAUGAUGACACCCCACUGAUCCCAGAACACAUUCAACAUCACCUUUCCUGAUGACAGCUGAGAUCUGGCCUUCUUUGGUGGCAGCGAGUCUGCAUGGUUCCACUGCUUGCUCAUUUCCUUUGUUUCAGGGUCAUAAUGACAGACCCAACAUUCAUCCAUUGUGAUCAGGCAGUCAAAAAAUUUCACCUUUUCAUCUUGAUACAACAGCAAAAGUUUCUUUGCCACAUCCAUCCGUUGCUGUUUUUGAACUGGUGUCAACAACUGUGGUACCCAACACGCAGCGACCUUUGUCAUGUGUAACUCAUCGUGGAUGAUGUUGAAAACUGACCCAUGACAAUGGGGACCUCAUGAACAAUAGCUUCGAUAGUUAGGCGCCUAUCAGAUAGGAUCAAAACUUCCACCUGUGCCACAAUUCCUGGUUCCUCAGCAAGAGCUGGUCUUCACUUUGGGGUUCAUCUUCGAGGUUUGUGUGUCCACAAUGAAAGUGCCUCUUCCACCUGACCACUGUGUCAUAUGAUGGUACACCUUCCUGAUACCCAGCGGUCAUCUGGUUGUGGAUCUCCCUGGCAGACUUCCUUUGUAAAUGCAGGAACUGUAUCACAGCACGAGCCUCCACUUUCUCAACUGAUGUUGCCAUUUUGCUUCUGCCUCUUCUGGUGGCUCCCUCUGUCCAGUUUGCGUGGGAAAAUUUGACUAUUUGGCAAGCUCUCCUAUAUAGAACGAUAUUUUGGGAUUAUGAUUUUCUCAUGGUGAUAAUUAAAACAUUAUGUUGUGCCCUGAUAGGGGUCAGUGACUGUACUCACCUAUAAGACGUUCGUGGAUCUUUUAACCUGUGCGUUGGGGAAAACUUGCAUAAAGGGGACCCACAAAAACUCAAUGUCUCAAAACAACAGCAAUAAAGUAAUGUAUCAUUAAAAAAAAAUUACAUCAUACAACCUAUUAACACACACACACACACCAUCUUCAAUUACACACCCUUUUUUAACUUCUUACAAUUCAAACAAACUCUGUGGCCUCUUGUCUGCAAGCAGCCACCGCUUGUUGGCGAAGUUUAGUGCCAA